AUGGAUUUCGAUUCUGGAAAGGACGCAGAUGCACCACAGUCAUGUAGUUCACUUAUUGCAAUUACCACGAGUGCGAUGCUUUUGCAUAGGAUACGAUUCGAACCUGCGCUUGACGACAUCGGCGGGGACGACACCGGCGAGGACGAUAUCGAGGAUCCCCCCAGGAUCCUGGAACACAUGCCUAGCGGUCCGUUCGUACUCGAGACCGACCAGCAAGCCGACCAACCCGGGCUGCAGAAGGAGCCUCUUCGCAGCGCGCAGGAAGCAACAGAAGCAAACGUGAGCAAGCGAGUCCUCGGAUUGACGGUCGCGCGUCAGGUGCCAAGGGACGACCAAGCCGCUGCGUCAUCUUUUUCCUCAGUGCCUUGUUCCACCAGCCCCGUUGACGUGGCGCAGCACGGGGUAAACGAGCCCACGUAUGCAGCAGUUUGCACAACCAGCACGACGGACUCGGACUGGCAGCCGGCACGGGGCAAAUGUAAAGUUGUUGGUUUAUUUGACAAGGACCCGUGUUACAGUCACGAGGAAUGGACAGGCUGGGAAAGUUGGGAUAAGUCGCUACCCGAGGAAGGCGUAUGCGGAAAGGACCAGGUGGAUCAGAAAGAAAGGAUUCGAAAACGAGACGCCAGAAAUUAUUGCCCCGGAGAUCUUGGUUUCGGUGGUUGCGGAUCGCGAAGACGCCAUGUAGGCGGCCGAACGACUACCAAGCAGACAGAGAGGAGAACUUGCGACUAUCCCCCUUGCGGCUGUCGGGUGUCCGAAUGGAGCGACUGGGUAUCAAAUGCAAAAAUGUCUGGGUCUGGAAGAGUCAUGCUGUUUUUGCAUGACGCAGAAGGUCUGGCAUGGAAGCUCUAGCAUCACAGGUUUCGAGAAGGUUCCGCAAUGCCGAAUCCGCAUGACAAAUCCCCCGCUUUGGUGACAGAAAGUGGGCAACUUUUGCUGCCUAUGCAUGAAAGAUUUUUCUGUGUUCUGAAAUGCGCAUCGCCAGUGUGUAUUCUUCCAGACCCAGACAUUCUUGCACUUGAUACUGCGGCCCGUGUAGCACAAGUUGCGGCGUCGGAACGCAAACCCGAACGCGAACCCAGACACCGCCGGAAUCUGGCUCUUAUUGGUCGUGCUCUGACAUGUGGGACAAGGAUGGUGUUUUUUACACGGAACUCGAGCAGACCCGACCAUUUAUGGGAUUGCACAAAUCUCCUGUGUCUGAAACAGGAAAAUACUGGUCUGUGGAGUACCCAAGAGCACUUCACUCGAUGAAGGCUGCCCGUUUCGGUUUUCCAUGCUACACGUGACGACAAGCGAGGUCUUGUUAGUCUGACCUUUCGCAGCACCUGCGCAUGGGUGGUAACUACUUAGUUUCAAAUACAUGUAGUUCGUCGUCCUGAAGUCUGGUGUGUGGUCAGGACCCCUGGCCAUGGCCACCUAGGUACCGCAACCACUACCACCGCGGUGCGCACUACAAUUUUCAUUUUUACAGGUUUCCCGUAUAAUCCGGCACAGAAAGUAGUUGCAUACUAGCAUAUUUCGCCAAAUCUGCGGCAUAGGAAGCUGGACCUGUGCGACUGGCUCCACUGAGGAGGACGAAGACUGCAAAAAAACCUGCUGCCCCCGCAGCACCACUAACGAGAACUACGACAAAAAUUACUCCUGCGAAAAGUAUAGGGAAUACCGUAAGGAAGAAUCCCCCGCCCUUCCCAAAGCGGAACGGCAUGCUUUUGAAAAUUUGUGAUGCUAAUUUGUUUUCACAAAUCGCGUCUGUCUUGCAAGAGAGCAAAGCCAGACUCUCCGCCGCAUUUCGCUGGCAAUUUGUAAUGUUGCUGCGCCAACAGGGCAGAGCAGACGUUUGCCAUGCUAAGCGCCUCUCUCAGGCCACCCCUUUCCAGGCUUUGCAUCUGCCUGCAGGCCUUUAAUGCAAGACAAAGCGGAGCUGUGUACUCAAAUCCCGCGCCGCAGAUGUCCAUUUUGAUAUGGGGAGGCACAAUUUUUCAUUUUGAUAAAAAAACAGAAGGCCCAGGCAGCUGCAAGUGGGGCCACGGCGCUAUCUGUGGCAGCGGCAUCACGAGCUCCACUAGCACCUGUGCCGCUUUGAAGUAUUGGCCAAACCCCAAGCCGAGCAGCAGCAGCAGUAGCGCGUGCUACGCAUGCGUGUCAGGGUUACAGAAAGAUGAAAAGACCUGUGACUGUCCAGACGUUGAAGUGUGCCACGAGAAAUGCAGUGCCCGCAAUAACGAAGACGACGUCUCUGCUGGAUUUUGCUUCGAAAAUUUACGCAUUGCAAAUUACAUGUCUGGGUCCGAAAGUUAUAAAUGCUAAAAUACAGCAGGAGUGAGAGAGGAACUUCUUCUGGCCGAAAUACGUAGCCAAGCACGACUGACCAUUGAACGGUCCUGUAAUGCGUAAGUAUACGCGUAUGAAAAUCUGCGUUUUUGCAUUACAACACCGGACCCGAAGCGAUGCUCAUGCGCGAAACACAAUAAACGCAGUUCAAGAGCAUAGGAGUUCGACAUUUUUUACGAAUCUUGCAUCCUCUCUCUCAGACCCACGCAUUAUAGUUGCAGUGGAUAAAGGUCCAGUCCAGACAAAGGCUGGUACUACUCGUCUAACAAAGCCAACGACAGUAUUGUGAGGGAAACUCCCCGUCCACAUGCCCAGUGAGAAACUAUCAAAUGCAAAAGUGUCUGGGUCUGGAAGAAUGAAACUUGUGAUGCUGAACUUGGAUUCCAAAAAAAUCUGUAUUGCAUGAGCAGCAAAGAGAACGCAAAUUGUGCUACGCGGAAACGGCCUUUGUCAUGCGGAAAAGGCAUCAAGAAGCCCUCAAAAAAUCUGUGAAGCUAGGGCAUGCAUCACCGACAUCAUGGCUCAUGCAAAACCACGUGCAUGACAAGUAGACUGUUAUGCAGAAUGCAUGAGCGCGUUUAGAAGAAAGAAUGGCGCAGAGAGAGCAGGCGAGAGAGCGGAGGAGUGAGCAGCAUGAGCGAGCAGCAUGAGCGAGCAGCGCCGCGGCAGUGCCCGCGGAACGAAAGCCGACGGGACCCGGCCCAGAAGCAAAAACUAGCAAAAGCCAAAAAGAACAAACCGCCGGGGGCCCCAAGCCAUUCGUCUUCGGCAAGCCGGGGGGCCACAGCCCGGCAGUAGUAGCAGGCGGCAGUAGUAGCAGCGCACUAAGUAGAUAUUAGCUUAAACGGGUCUUAGCGCAAAGAAAGAGGGGCAGUCCACAGAGGCUUUUUUGCAUGGGGUCCACUGGUCACUGUUUCGCGAGAGCCAUUCGGUGAACGACUGACCCCGCCCCAUUUAGAUAGCCGCUAUGCGGGAGCUUUGUAAAAACUGGACUGCGUCCGUCUCCGGGUGGCGUGCCCGGGGUUCAGUCUAAAUAAAUUUGCCCGGGAAAAUAACACGCAGCGGAGCGAUCAGGCUUACUCGUAGGCCAGUCGGGGUCUACCCUCCCUUUCCCCACGUCGUCACAUGUGGUUACUGGGUUUAGUUGGCGUGGGUGUGUCAGGGGAUUCCUGUCUUUGGCAUUUCCCGACUCCUCCCAUGGGUUCACUUCGAUGAUUGCUGCCGGGGACGUUCUUAUGCAGUCAGCUGGAUGACUGUGACCUGGCUCGUAUUGUGAACGCAGCUGGAUGACUGUGACCUGGCUCGUCUUCGAUGGGCAGGCGGAUGACUGUGACCUGUCUCGCCCAUCAAGAUCCCUAAUCCGUAGCUCCUAGACGUUGCCGGGCCCGCGAAUGACUCCAGGGCAGCCGGAUGGCCGUGGCCUGGUUAUAAAGGGCUUCGUCGAUCGAUUGUGCCACUAGGGCCUUGUGUUCCGGCUACUCCGGAUCGCAAUCGAUGGAGGGCGGGACCUGCACCGGCGACAGGCGCUAUCCAACCAACCAACCAAAGUAUCAGAAUCUUCCAGACCCAGACAUUUUUACAAUCCAUAGAGACACGCGAUGCGCAAUUUGUGUGCGCCACAAAUCUGUAUUGCAUAAAGAUACGAGAGCCAGGGUUUUCUUUUGCUUUUUCUGGGCUAUUCCUGUUCGUUGUUGCUUGGACUAUCGCACAAGCAGGUGUCUUGCCGAGGAACAAGAACUGCACUCGCUACGCAGGCUUACCAUCUGUCUCGCAACAUGCCUGGCCUCAAACAAUACCGAGUGAUGAAGAUGAUUUGUGUACUUGUACAUCGAAAAUGCUGCUUUCUAAAGAUCUCAGUCUAAGUACAGUACGAAGGGGGGUUUUUUCAUUUUGAGAAACGGGUGCAAAAGUCCGAUUUGCGGCAAGAUCGGAGCAACAGCACCCACAGCCGCGACCCGACAAGAUGAUGCCGCAAUAUGCUGCCAGGCCACGGCCAAGUGCAGCAGCACGCAGGCGGAUGGCAGCAAUCAGCACUGUCGGAACCUGAAGGACCCCGCGAACCAAAGUCUAGACCUAGGCAAGGCCUACAACCCCGCCAACGCAGCUAAAUUUUGCAAACGGCAAAACUGUAACACGGCCACCGACCCCGACCAGGGCACGUGCUGCAAGCUACGGGAAUGUCAAUGCACCAGCCCUGGGGGUAAGACGCCGGCCACCGGGGCAGCUUGUCUAAUCUGUGCAAAAGUAUCGCACUCGUAGUAAGUAAUUGCACGCAUCAUGCGGUACAAAUCUAGUUCCUAAAUAGCAAAGCCAGCGUUUUGGUGGACUAAUUUCUUUUCUAAUGCUGAGCCGAUUUGUCAUGCCAUUUAAGUUGUACUAGAGUUGUGCGAUAGUACUUUUGCAAUGCAUAUUGUCCGGCGGAGAACAGUGAAUUCUGCACCGAGGUGGACUAUGGUUAUCACCUCGUCCAUAUCAAGUGCAAAAAUGUCUGGGUCUGGAAGAAUGCAAGUUUGUCAUGCUUGUCUCACAUGACUCUUAAAUUUUCAUUUGUCACGCACACUGCCCAAGACCCUCAUUUUUCUGUCAUACAGAAACGCAGUUUGUCAUGCAGAAUAGGCAACACCAAGAAGCUCAGAAACUUGUCAUGCUGAGCCAGCACUUGUGGCCUCCUCAUGAUACGCCGCCCAGCAUCACAGGUGUCCAGACCCAGACAUAUUUGCACUUCAUAGUCCACGACGCAGCUGCGGGAACGCAAGUAGCAGUGCAGAACGAGUGCAGCUGUGAAGGAGGCGACCCGGCGGUGGGGCCGGAUGUAGACAACCCCGAAGAUACGUGCUUCGACGUAUCCUCAGUUGCAAAAACGGCCUCCCCACACCAUAAGUAAUCAAGAGCGAUGGAAAUUUGAUCACAACAAGAUUUCGCCGUUGCGCAGGGCAGCCUGCCUUGGAGCCGCAGUGUACUAGGCUUGGUUAGUUCGUGCAGCCGCGUCGCAAAUCGACGAUCGCGAUUGCCUUAUCCCGAUGAUGGCAUGACAAAGUCCUACAGACAGCGUUUCUAAUGGAACAUGAGAAUCACCCUGCUGGGGACUACGCAAAUAUGGAGUGGGAACGUUUUUACCCAGGAUGCGAUCAUGGCUACAUUCAAUGCAAAAGUACAGGCUGCUUAUCGGGUGCGAAUAUGUCUGGGUCUGGAACUGUGCGAAGUUGUGAUGCAGCGCAUUUUACAUCACCCAAAAAUCUGUCAUGCAUAGAUUAGAAGCCAAAGGUAAGGUUGCACAAUUCUUGCCACCGAAAGAAGGGCUUUAUCAUGCGGAUUACGCAUUAAGUGGAAUUCUCGAAGCCUGUGAUGC